AUGAUGACGAGAUCGGUGUCUUAUCGGGCUCGUGUGAUGACGAGACCGCUCGAUUUCGUCCUUCAGACCUCAGACCUUUCGGGCUCACCCCAAAGUCUGAAGGCAUUCCCAUCGGUUCGGACGCGACGGCUUCGCGUCGGCUUACUCCUCAUGGAUGAUCAGUCCGUAUGUUUUUCUCGGAUUCGCGCUUUGGCGAGACCGGUUUUAUCGGGCUCGUGUGAUGACGAGACCGCUCGAUCUUGGAUGACAAGAUCGGUGUUUUCUCGGGCUCGUGUGAUGACGAGACCGCUCGAUCUCGUGUGA